UUAUAGGGAUCUCAUCUACAGGAAUUAAGUACUCCUCACUACUAGCUAGUGUAGCUCGUUCUCUAUCCGACUAUCUAAUCUCAGCCGUUUGAUAUUUAGAGAUUAACCAAAAUGCCGAUCAAUCGGGUAGCAAUCGGGCUGCCAAGAGAGGACGUUGUGCAUCCCGGUGCACUUAAGGCCGCAUUGGCAGAGUUCAUUAGUACAGCAAUUUUUGUUUUCGCCGGACAAGGUUCCGGUAUGGCCUUUAGCAAACUUACGGAUAAUGCGUCCAACACACCUGCCGGAAUUAUCAUGGCCUCAUUGGCACAUGCAUUUGGCCUUUUCGUCGGUGUGUCUACAGCUGCCAACAUCUCUGGCGGCCACGUCAAUCCCGCCGUCACCUUUGGUGCCUUCCUUGGUGGCAAUAUCUCUCUCCUCCGAGGCAUUCUUUAUUGGAUCGCUCAGCUCCUUGGCUCCACCGUGGCCUGCCUACUUCUCAAGUUUUCUACUCAUGGGAUGACAACAUCGGCAUUUGCUUUGUCGUCAGGGGUGAAUGUGUGGAAUGCAUUUGUGUUCGAGAUUGUAAUGACGUUUGGCCUAGUUUACACAGUAUAUGCAACAGCCAUUGAUCCUAAGAAGGGUGACGUGGGGAUUAUUGCUCCUCUAGCAAUCGGUUUCGUUGUUGGAGCUAACAUUUUAGCUGGCGGAGCAUUUGAAGGAGCAUCUAUGAACCCAGCCGUGUCUUUUGGACCUGCUUUGGUGAGCUGGGACUGGACCAACCAUUGGGUUUACUGGGUAGGUCCCUUGAUCGGAGGUGGACUUGCUGGAAUCAUUUACAAUCUCUUCUUUAUUACCCUCACUCAUGAGCCGGUGCCUAGCACAUCAGAGUUCUGAACUAAAAGUACUAAGCAUAUCCACCGCUUUUCAUGAUUUCUCUUUAUUCUUUCAUAUUCCAAUGUGUUGGACUUCAUUGUUAUUGUUGUUGUAAGAUUGGAGUCUGUCUGCUUUGAUCAUGGUUAAUUAUUAGAGGUUGUAGCUUAGUGAAGUUGUCUUAUUUUCUCACUAUUGUAUUGUCUAAUUCCCAUGGCCAUCAUCAUUUGUUUUAUCGUUUUUGGA